GCAGCUGGGCCCCGCCCCCGGUACAAAUACAGUUCGCGCGCUGCCUCACUCUCAGUGCCCUGUUAGUACUGUACUAUUAGGAGCUGUACUUUUAGCGGGUUUCCAGCUGAGCUUGGACUGUUAAGGUGUUUUGAAACCAUGACUCGUUCUGGGAGAAACAGGCAAGCAAUCACUUCAAGAAAGCCUGGUGUCCGGAAGUUUAAAAAUGUCUCUCUGAUUCCCAUGGAAACAUCAUCUGAUGACAGCUGUGACAGUUAUGCUUCUGAUAGUUUUGCAAACACGAAGCGGCCCAAAUCACAGUUGAAACAACUCGAAAAGGAACUAGCCAAGUCCCUUUAUAAGGAUUUUUCUAGCUUCACUGGAAGUGAAUUUAGUCUCGAUUCCAGUACAAAGGAAGAUGAUGAAAUGGAUCAUAAAUGUCAAGCAAGACGAAAUAAACGUCCAGUUACCUUGCGGGUGGCUUUGAGAUUCCCAACAAAAAAUUCAAGUGGAAAAAAAGAUGAAAAAACACCAAGCAGACUGCCAACACGAAAUUCAAAAAAACUGCCACAGGCAGAAGCACCAAAGCUGGAAAAAGAUGCAGAGUCUGACUGUGACUCUGAUCAAGAAGAAAAGGGUGAAAGGUUCCUGGAGAAAAGGGCACUGAAUAUUAAAGAGAACAAAGCAAUGCUUGCCAAACUUAUGGCAGAAUUAAAGAACAUUCCAGGGAUUUUUGGCAGAUCUCCGCUAUCUAACACUCCACCUAAACCAAGACGGCCAUCAGGAAAGUUUAUAGAAGGCAGUCUCAGAAAAAACCCAGAACGAACAUCCAGGCCUCACACAAGGUCCCAGUCGUUAAUUGAUGGGCCUCCUACUCCACCACCUGAGGAGGAUGAAGAUGACAAGUACAGCUUGGUUAGAAAACGAAAGUUUACAGAUGAAGACUCUGAGAAUGAAACUCCAGUGCCUCGAAGAGUUCGAACAAGUACGGGUGCCCUGACUCUUCCUCAUAUAAUACGUCCAGCUGAAGAAAUUACAGAGGAAGAGCUGGAUAACAUAUGUGUAAAUGUUCGAGAAAAGGUCUACAACAGAACUACGGGUUCUACUUGCCACCAGUGUCGUCAGAAGACAAUCGACACAAAAACAAACUGCCGCAAUCCAGACUGCAUUGGGGUUAGAGGACAGUUCUGUGGUCCAUGUCUCCGUAAUAGAUAUGGAGAAGAUGUUAAAACCGCAUUGCUUGAUCCUGAUUGGCGCUGUCCACCUUGCCGUGGUAUCUGCAACUGCAGCUUCUGUAGACAACGUGAUGGUCGAUGUGCUACAGGUGUUCUUGUGUACUUAGCCAAAUACCAUGGCUAUGAUAAUGUUCAUGCUUAUCUGAAAAGCCUUCAACGUGAGCUUGAAAUGGAAGAGGAGGGCUAGUGCUGAGAUGUGAUGAAGCUUCUGGAUUGAUAUGUUUUAUACUUUCAUAAAUAUUGUACAACAUUUUAAGGGGCUUUCAUCUUGUGGUCUGGGGUUUUCCAGUCUUGACUAUUGAAAAGUGGCUGUGAAUUUUAACUAGUUGGGAUUGGUUCUCAAACUGACCAGUUUUAGUUUUUUGUUCUUUAGAGGACAAAUUGUGUUAGAACACAGUUUCAGAUAUUUUGUGCAGUAAUGAUGCAUGAGUAUAUGGUUGUGUGUACACACCCUUUUCUGAAAUGUUCUAGUAAUGCUUUUGUAGUGAAUUGCUUUAUAGUGUUUACAUGGUGCGAUUCUAGUUUGUCCUACUUUUAAUUUUGUAUACUCUGGUCAGCCUUGCCUGAAUACCUUCAUAAAUGUUGAUGAAAUUG